UACAUUUGAGAGGCAGUUCGGUCGUCGAAACAAUAGACGGUAUCCACACUUACACUUUUAUCCGGGUGUUUUUCAACUGCAAGUAACAAGUGACCUACCAGAGGAGCAUAAUGUCUAUCUCGGACCGUAGCAUCGAGCAGUGUGUUGGGCCUGAUCUUGAGAAUAUCGAGGUGAUGCGGAACCACUCUGUGCUCUUCAGAGCAGAAUGCAAGAGGCUCAUCCAGGAUACUGACAAAGCAUGCAAACGCAUGCAAAAUGAUGACAACAAGCAACUAGAUCAGCGGGUCAGAGACAUCCAGUUUCUGAAGAAGGAGUUGGAGCUGAAGCUGGAGGAGAUUAUCCUGGAGAUCAAUGUCCUCAUAGAGUUGCAGAGGAGAGUGGGGAAAGCCCUGGGGGCCUGCAGAGAGCCUCUGAGGGUCACCGUGGUCUGUCUGGAGGAGAGAAUGAAACGUGUUCCUCCUGAGAGGCUCCAUGAUGAGGUGGACAGAGAGCUGCUGAGGGAGAGGGGGGUGAUCGAGGGAGUGGCUUCCCUUCUGCACCGUGUAGCCGAGCAGAUCACUGAGCAGAUACGAUUGAAUCGAUCCAUUAAGUACCAUCUGGAGCAGGAUCUGAAGGAGAAGUUUGCAGCUCAGUGCAUCGACAACUCGUGUGCCUUAAUGACCGCUCACUCCACCAACAACCAGCAGAGGCCCAAAGACACCCAAACUCUUCUGCAGAGCUUCACAGUGACUCCAGAGCAGUGGGAGAACAUCUCGGACAUCAACAUGGCCAAAGCAGAGCAGCAGCAGGUCAACUCUCUGUCCCUGAGGGCCAUGGUGGAGUCUCUCCUGGAGCAGACGCUGGCCGACAUGCAGAAGCAGUUCCAGGCCACCACAGAAACAUUUCAGCUCAACGUCCACGAGAUCAAGUCUGCAAAGGGACUGAUGGAGGAUCAGCUGGCUAAGACUUGGAGAAGGCGUAUGACCGAGUUCCGAGGGAGUUACUGUGGGAGGUUCUGCAGGAGUAUGGGGUGA